GAGAGAGAUGGAAGGGAAUGAUGAGGGUAUUGUUUGUGUAACUGGUGGAACAGGGUUUGUUGCAUCAUGGCUGAUCAUGAAGCUACUUGAACAUGAUUACACAGUGCGAACUACAAUUAGAUCUUCUAACCCAGACAGCAAGAAAGACCUUAGCUACCUCACAAACCUGCCUGGUGCAUCAGAAAAACUUCAAAUUUUCAAUGCAGAUCUUGCCCUGCUUGAAAGUUUUGAUGAAGCAAUCCAAGGGUGCAUUGGAGUCUUCCAUGUUGCUUACCCCAUUGAUUUUGAGGACAAAGAACCUGAAGAAGUCGAGACCCAAAGAGCUAUCAAUGCGACCCUUGGCAUUUUAAAAGCAUGCCUUAAAUCAAACACAGUGAAACGGGUUGUAUACACUUCUAGCUCAUCCACCAUUAUUCUUAAUGGCAAGGGCUUAGAUGUUUUGGAUGAGAGACAUUGGAGUGAUAUAGAUUUUGUUAGAUCCUUAAAUUGUUAUGGAGCUUCAUACAUGAUCUCGAAGACAUUAACUGAGAAGGCUGCUCUAGAGUUUGCUGGAAAACAUGGAUUGGAUCUUGUCACUGUAAUUCCUAUUGUUAUCUACAAGGAAGAUAAAUACAAGUAUCUUGCUAGAAUACAAACGGUGCACAUAGACGACGUGGCGAAUGCACACAUCUUCCUUCUUGAGCAUCCUGAUGCAGAAGGGAGCGCCUUAAAAGAAAUCGAAUGUUUUACACCUCCUCACCUCUCGUCAAAGAAGUUGUUGGAUACUGGGUUCAAGUUUAAGUACAGCCUUGAAGAAAUGUACGAUGAAACAAUUCGAUGCUGCAAAGAGAAGGGUUUUCUUUAG